UAGUUUAAGAUGGCUGUAAAAUGUGUGAUUUUAAAAAGUUUCCUAAUAUUUUUAGGAUUAUACCCCGACUCCCUAUUUUCUUCAAUAAUUGCACGAAAAUGUGCACAAGUUUGGUCCAUCUUGUUGACGGCACUUUCAAUCCAGCAAAUUUACGAGGUUUCGUCAUUCGCUUACAGAGGUGUGAAAUCUGGUGCGUUUGCCAAGGAUAAAGUAGGCCUACUGAUUAACGUGGCCUUAGCCGCCUAUCAAGUAUUUGUACAUAUUUGUCUCCUGGUAUUUAGAGCGGUGGUUAUUCGCAAUUUUUUUGCACACAAAUUGACUCGUGCCGUAAAAUAUUUCAUACAUUGUACAGAAUCUUGGUCUCACAUUGUGGCCACAGGGAUUGAGAGUUUUUCUCGAAAUGAGACGUGCUUUUUGGUCGUUUACGCCGUAGAUUUUAUCCAACGCCUUGCGAUACUCAUAGUUUACUGGUUUCCUUCAUCUAUGAGUGACAACACCCACGCGAAAACUCGUGGACAUGAUGAUUCUGUUUUUGCCGUAUUGGAUAUUUUCCUAACAAACUUGAUAGUCUUAGACACACUUUGUUUUGUGUUCAUUGGCGUAAUUAAAUACUUUGAAGGAGGAUUAAUUUUUAUCAAUUCAAAAUUGGACGAAAUUCUCCAAGAACUGAAACAAGUCGAAGAACAAGAACAUAUUAAAAUGUUAAAUAUUAAACACGAUUUGACAGGCGUAAUAUCUCCUUUCGGACCAUAUUUCAGUGAAUACACAUUUACUCCUACUUUAUUGCACAGUAAAGUUGAAGACAGCUCAAAAAGUUUUGAAAAUCAGCUUCUUCAUAUGCAUACUGAAUUUUUAAAACAUUUACAAAAUGUGGAGUUCUACAUUGGAAUUUUAUCCCUGGUCGCUUUCUUUAUGUUGACAACUAUUCUAAUUUUCGACUCUUUCUUUGCGAUAACUGCCGCAAGUGAUCAAGGGUUUCUGAAGCCGGUCCCCCUUGGUUUCACGGCGCGGACGAUAAUUGCCUGUGCAAAGUUGAUUACUCUGACGAAUGCUGUGCAUUAUUUGGAAACUGAGGUAUUUCAAAUGGGGCUUUUGCAAUUUAUAUUUGUAAAAUUGAGUAACGUUUAUGUGUCCAUUCAGGAAGGAAAAGUGAGUCUCUUAGCCACAAAAAUUCUGUUCCACUGCUGCAUUUUGAGGAGGAAGAGGAAAGGGCUGUCUGGAGGGAGGCGGAGAACGAUGCAGAGGUUGGCCUUGGCACACCCCUUCGCCAUCUCAGCCCUCGGAUACUUUCAAGUCAAUCGGGGGACGGUGACUUCCAUUCUCAGCGUCAUUUCAACGUACUUGGUCGUUUUGUUGCAGUUCAGCAUGUCCAAUUCGGCGUAAAGCGUGCCGUACAGCUACCAGAAUAAAGUUCCAAAUACGUAUAUAUUCUACGUAUUAAUAGUUUGAAAUUACAAGAAGUUAGCGAUAUGAUCAUACUAUUUUGUAGGAAUUAAUUAGUGUGGUGCGAUAUAAAUAUGUGCUCAUUCGAUGGUACACGGAGAAUGGUGGAUGAGUGUGAAAGUUUCAAUUUGUGGAGAAUACGUAAUUUAACAUCGAGUUAUGAGCAGAAAUAAAGUUUUGCAUACAAUUUGCCAGACUAAUUCAAUGAACUUGGAUGUGUUCAUCAUAUUUUUAUUUUAAUUUACGUGGAGAUUUUCGAUGUCUUUGAGAAUGGACAUGAACAAGUGAAAUUAUGAAGUGACGAUUUCACUGCAAUGAUUUAGAUUAGAGAAGUUUUUCUUUAGAUUGUUUUAAGGUGGGCCGAUCCUGACUGUACUGCAAUGCCAGGCCGACCCGUGGACGGGCGGAAGCAAGCUUCACGACCCCAUCCCAGUUCCAAAAAUCAGUUUAAUAUACUGGAAGGUCAAUGACCUUCGUAUCAGAUAUUAAGCUGAUAAGAACAGAUACUACACUUUGAUCUUAGCCAAAA